GAGCCCCAGGCCGGGUCGCCCCAGCGCCGCGCGGUGGCAGCAGGGGCGCUCGCGCGCGGCGGCCCUCGGCGAGCUGGCUGGAGGCGCAGGGCGUGGCUGACGAGAAGGCAGCGGAGGGGACGGAGCUGUCCACGCUCGGGGCUCACGCCGCCCAGGGCGGGCCGAUUGGCGGGCUGGAGGAGGCCGGCGGGGCUGGGCCUCCCUCCUACGAGGACCUGGCGGCCUGGGUGCUCCGGCUGCAG